AUGUCUAGUAUGCGCACUGUUCAUAUAAAAUCAUUUACCUUUGAUGGGCUUGAUGAACUUAGAGCAAAAAACGUUUCUCCUUUGAGAAAGAAUUUUUCCAAGAAAAGCUUGAAUGUUCCCCAAACUAUAAAGUCUUAUAAGCACUUCAAUGAAAAUUUUCAGAAAAAACAACUAAUCUACUGCUCAAGCGAGUUUAUGCUGAAUUUACUCCAAAAAAGACCAUCAAUUCCUACUAGCGAAAGAAUUUCUAGUCUAAAUUAUAAAUAUAUCAACCCUCAUGGAAUAAUACCAAAAUCUUUUCCGAAUUUGAAACCUCUCAAAACAGAUUGCCUCCCAAAAACUCCCAGAAACUCAAAAGAAGAUUUUAUUUCAUAUAUAAAAGAUAGGCCAAAUACAUCUAGACCUAAAACAGAUGCAAUUCAAGCACCACAGAGGCCUAAAACUGCCAGAAUUUUAUCAAAGCCCUAUACUAAUCCAUUUUCAAUUACGAAGGAAAAAUCAGAAAAUAUCGAAGACACUGAUAUAAAAGAAAGAAAAUCUGACCCGAGACCAAUUAAAAGAAAUAAUCACGAAAAACUAACUCUACAAUUAAUUAAAAAUAUAAAUAAAAAUAGUAUUUUAUUAUAUCGGGGACAAAUUCAAUUAUUUAAUAUCUUGGAGUAAGAAUUGAAAUAAAAAUCCCCAUGUUUACCAAUACUUCUUCAGACGAUGAAAUCACUCCUUAUUCAUCAUAA